AUGUCGAACAAUGCAAAUAACGAGGAUAUGUAUGAAAAUGCCAACUAUACGAAUAGGCAGGCGCACAGUUCUUUUCAACCUGAAAUGAACCCUAUGUCUGACCCUUCGAUGUAUAUGGCGCCGCAACAACAGCAGCUGUAUUAUUCUCCACAAGGCGUGCCAUUGCUACCAGCUCAAUAUAUGCAACCAGAUGCAUCCUAUUAUCUUCAAUAUCCAACUGACGUACAACAAACGGAACUUCAAUACGUUCCAUCAUAUCCUUAUCACAUACAACCGACACCUCAUCCUCAGCCAAUGACUAGCGCACAACAGCCAACAAUAGCUAUGCGGGCCGAAGCUCCUGAGUUUUCACCGACUCCCAAGAAAACAACUGUAGUUAAUCCAAAACCUGCUGUGGUUCCACCAACGCCUACGACGAACAAUGUUGACGUUCAAACCAAAACAUCUAUUGAUUUGAAAUCCAUUCUAGCAGAUGACUCCGAACCCAAGUCAACAACAGCAAUAUCAAAUGAUCCUUUUGCGUACGAUUUAGGAAAAUAUAAAUACGAUUAUUUUAUAUCUAAGCUGACCGGUAAUUUUGAUUCUAUCUAUCAAAAGUUUGGCUCACCGACAGGCAUUUGUUCUUUGACGGACAAUCGAUUGUUAGUUGCGAAUUAUGAUCGCGAUUCGCUUGUUCUUAUCGAUUUAAAGGGUCAUGUUUAUCACUUAUAUCGAGACUUACCCGCGCCCAAGGAUGUUCGAAUAUAUUCAAGAGAUCCAUUCCAAGCACUUGUGGCCACCAAAAAAGAAGCCGUCAUUUUGGAUUUAGAAACGAGUAAAGUUGUUGUUCGGACCAAAAGCCGAGGAUUUUAUCCAUGGAAUAUUCAAUAUCUUCAAGAUGCAAAUACCAUUGCAGCUUGUGAUCCAUCCGGUGAACGCAUUGUGUAUUUCGAUAAAGAUCUCACUGAGGUUGGUAUUUGGUCAUUUAGUGAGCAAGGACAACAAUCAGCAUCUUCGCAAGCCUAUCAAAAGAUUUACCCAUACGCCGCACACUUUUGCUCUGAUAAUUCCUCAUUCGUAUUAACCCAUCGGAAUAACACAUGUCAGUUGCAGGAGAAAGACAUGCCGAGCGGAAAAACGGUUCGACUUUGGAAUGCACCUGUGGGUUUACAAGCUUAUUCAGUUUAUGCCGACAGUGCGCGAAAAUGUCUAAUUCCUGACAAAACCAAUCAUUGCUUGAUUUCGGUUUCUGAAUGUUCAACUUCUAGUGUUCAUAAAUACAACUCAGUUUAUGAGCCGUAUUCGUUGACGUUUCUCUCGACAGGAACAUUGUGUGUGACAGAUUGGAACAAAUCGUUUGGAACAACUGGUGGUGUGGCAAUACUUAGUGAAACGGAUUUGACAUCCAAUUGA